AUGAACCUACUAGGCGCAAGCGACCAGGUAGAAAGUAUACCUCCCGAGCUUGAGUUUGUGCUAACAUCAUUAAAGUGUGAUGGCAUUCGACCGUCGUGCUCUCGCUGCCUUGACCGUGGCGUUCCUUGCGAGUACUCCACAGCAGAAGACGGGCGGCAGCCAGCGCCCAAGUCCUAUGUAGUCAUGCUACGCAAUCGAAUUGAACUCUUGGAGCGUGUACUGCAAACCUAUGGCAUUGAUCCUGAUGCCGCUAUCCAACAGAUGACGAAAAAUUGCGAGCUUGACCCCGAGUGGGCCCCGGCUUGCUCGAAUGUUGAUGACUUGUGUACUACGUUUGACGGCGCACUGACGCUUGACGAAUCAUUAAAUUUCGAUCAAGAUGGUGAAAUGCGGUAUUUUGGACCGGCAAAUUUCCGCAACGAACAAGCAUAUCAGUCCGACGGCCCUUCCAUACAACCUGAUGAGACACUGCUGAAUGGGAGUACAGGCUUGUUAGAAGAAAGCUUGAUACCAGAAGACGGGCUUCGAUCUCAUUUGAUUGACCUGUAUUUUGAGUGGGAACAGCCAUGGUUCCAGGUCGUGAACGAGAAACUGUUCCGAGAAUCAAUGAGACAUGGCGGUCGAUACUUUACCCCCCUUCUUCUAAAUUGCAUCCUCGCUUUAGGGUCAAGGUACUGCGAUCGCAUAGAAGUGAGAUCAGACCCGAAUGAUUCAAACACAGCCGGCAAGGUAUUUCUCGAGAGGGCGGAAAAUUUGAUUCAACACGAUCUCAGGUGGCCCAAGAUCACAACAAUCCAGUCAUUGGCCAUUAUGGGAAUGACCUAUAUAGCAAUGGGAUCCGAUGCUGCGGGGUGGCUUCAUCAAGGUAUGGCCAAUCGCCUGGCCCUGGAUAUGGGUUUCAAUAUGGAUCCUUCGGUCCUUUCCGGAGCAGUUGCUCUCCCACCCAUUGAAAUUGAGCUGCGAAGACAGAUCUAUUGGGCCCUGUAUUGCCACGAUAAACUGUCAGCGAGCUACACAGGCAGGGUGUGCACGUUACUGGUAUGCUGUACCGCCAAGAAUAUUUCCUCUGCAUCAAACUCACCUUCAUUCAUCGCGCAGGACUCCCAGGGUGUCGUCAACAAACCAUUUUCCUUGUGUGCCUCGGAUGUCUAUUUGCCUUCAGCAAAUGGCAAUGGACAAUUACGGGCUGCUUCUCAAAGAGACGUGGUACAGUUGCAUAGGGCAAUGAUCGACCUGUGUCGUAUAUUCGAGAAAGUUCUCCUUUCGUUAACAGCAGCUGCCAAGAAUCGGAGUCCGCCUGGGAACAGAAAGUCACGGCAAUAUGCAAAACCUCAAUCCGAGGAACCCACAUACUGCAUGCUCUCAGCGGCAUCGCUCAUCAUAGAAAGAUGCUGCGUUGAUGCCGCUAUGAGACCUGUUACAGGAAACCAGACCUCGCAAGGCCCGUCACCACAGGCAGCUGUGGGACUCUGCCUUCAGGUUCUGCGGGAACUCUCGACGUCCUGGGAUAUCGCAAAGCGUAUCGGACAGAAUCUGGAGAAAUUGUAUUGCCAACGUUUGAACUGUGAUAUCGAUCAUAUGCCACCCGCCCCUCCAUUGGAAUGGAAAGUGGGUUGCACAACUCCGUGUCAACCGGCAGACAUGGAUCUCUACGUAGGGCCCAUGGCCCCGACCCCGACUGAUCCACUACAAUGUCUGUCCAACCAGAAAGACCUGCAUGUUCAAAACACCCCUUUGGCCCCAUCACUUCCAAAUACCAAUUGGCUUGACGUUCCUACUCCGAGCAACAAUCACCAACAAAAUGAAAACAGCAUGAUUGGACUUGCGCCAGCCCCUAGUAAUCCUCAUGGGGUGUUUAUCAACAACCUCGGCUUUGCGUUCUCGGCCAAUUGUCUACCCAGCGACUACAACAUGUUUGAUACAUUGAAUCAGAUGUAUUUAGACGACAUGUGGUGA